CUAGCAUACUUUGUGCAAAUAAGACCUCUUAAAGUGGACGAAUGAAUUCCAGGGUGAAACAGAAGGCUGAAACAGACAAAUCUUUGGCUGCAAAGGCUUCUGCAAGUAAUUCAAAUGGCCCAUUCCAGAGACAGACCCUUAAGAUGAUACAGCCAUCAAUUACAGGGUGUCUUGUCGGCAGGGCAAAUGAGCCGGUCCAAUCAUCAACCAAGGGGAAACUCUGGAGUGAGCAGUCUGUCCCAAACAGUUCCAAACCUGCUUCUGCAACAGCAUCAGAACACAGAACCACUAAAGGUGUCGUCCAAGCUUCUGACCUCAUGGUAAAAGGCAAUCCUUCAUCUGCGUAUUGGAAGGAGGUGGCUGAAGAGAGGAGGAAAGCUCUAUAUGGGGUGUUGCAAGAAAAUGAAAAGCUGCACAAAGAAAUUGAAUUCAAAGAUGGUGAAAUUGCUCGUCUAAAGCAAGAGAAUGAAGAGUUGGCGGAGCUGGCUGACCAUGUGCAAUAUAUGGCAAACUUGAUUGAGCGACUAACUGAACAGGCACCGGGAAGCCUUAAGACACUGAAAAAUCUAGACCUGGAGGAAACUGUAUAUGAAGAUGAAGGCCCUCCUACAGAAGAUGAUUUGGAUGGUGAUUCUGAACAGGAAUGUUCCCAGAUCUCUUCUACAGAUCUACAUCCAUGUGAAACUAGUAAUCCUUAA